AUGAUUGCAAACGGCAUCAGUACUGCACCCCGCCGAGCAUUGACUUACCUUGCUACAGUGGCUGCACCUACGUUUCACACGCUGUCCAAAAAAUGCGUUCCGCUGCACUUUCAUGCUGCUGCUCAGGCUCGACUUCUACUUCAAUUCAGGUGGAGCAGCACAGGUCAGCAAGGUUCUUUGCUGCUCAGUAGAACGAUUUGACAUUUUGGUACUCAUUUGCACUGCUGGAUAGUUCUUUUGGGACUUCUACUUCUUCUUCCUACAACAAACCAGCAUUUCUCUAUACGUAUUACAGGACCAACCUAUAAUUUCGUUGGUGCAGUCUAUUGGCGGCCAGCCCAAUUAGGAAACGGAGCACUUUCACGAAGAGGGUCUCUAUACCAACCUCGUCCUAUUCAAGAAGUUUUUCACUUUCCUUCGCCGGUUGUAGCUAUUUAUUUUCCUUCUAUCCACGACGAGUACGAUAUCAUUUUUGGAGCAACAGUUGUUCUUCGUGACCCGGACUGAGUACUGAUUUUUUAAAAGCGGGGAACUUUUUUUGAAAACACCCUACUUACCACUGCUGUUGGACGACGUGGCACUAUCACCAUGAAAUUUAUUUUUAUGACGAAAGAAUUAAAAACUAGAAUCUCCAUUGCACGGCACGUACUGGGACGAAAACUCUGUUGCACAGCAUGUCCUGAUGUGGAACUACAUUGCACGGAGGGAAAUACAUACAAC